UGGCCGGCUUGGUCUGCGCGCACCGGAGCACCCGCUGCUGCGCAGUACCCAGAGGAAAUGGUUGCCGCCAUGUGGAAGGUGAUUGUUUUGCUGGUCCUGUCCAUACUCGGCCCCUGCGAUGGGCUAUUUCGCUCCAUAUACAGAAGUAGCCAGGUUUCCCAGCCACCUACGGGAGAUGUGGGACAGCCACUAUUUCUUACCCCUUAUAUUGAAGCUGGGAAGCUCAAGGAAGGGAAAGAAUCGAGUUUGGUGAGUCCUUUCCCAGGACAGAAUGUGAAGAGUUACGCUGGCUACCUCACGGUGAACAAGACUUACAACAGCAACCUCUUCUUCUGGUUCUUUCCGGCUCAGGUGCAGCCAGCCGAUGCCCCAGUAGUUCUCUGGCUGCAGGGUGGGCCGGGAGGUUCAUCCAUGUUUGGCCUCUUUGUGGAACAUGGACCUUACGUUAUCACAAGUAACAUGACCAUGCGCACCAGAGACUUCCCUUGGACCACCACGCUUUCCAUGCUUUACAUUGAUAAUCCAGUGGGCACAGGCUUCAGUUUUACUGAUGACACUCAUGGAUAUGCGGUCAAUGAGGAUGAUGUGGCCCGAGAUUUAUACAGUGCACUAAUUCAGUUUUUCCAGUUGUUCCCUGAAUAUAAAGAUAAUGACUUUUAUGCCACUGGGGAGUCUUAUGCAGGGAAGUACGUGCCGGCCAUUGCUCACUACAUCCACACCCUCAACCCCCCAACCCGGCUCAAGAUCAACCUGAAAGGAAUCGCUAUUGGAGAUGCAUAUUCUGACCCUGAAUCAAUACUGGAUAAACUACUGGAUGGUGACUUAACGAGUGACCCUUCUUACUUCCAGAACGUGACAGGAUGUAUUAAUUAUUAUAACCUGUUGCAGUGCAUGGAACCUGAGGACCAGUUUUACUACGCAAAAUUUUUGUCACUCCCAGAAGUGAGACAAGCCAUCCACGUGGGAAACCGGACUUUUAACGAUGGAGCUAUAGUUGAAAAGUACUUGCGAGAAGAUACAGUCAAGUCAGUUAAGCCAUGGUUAACUGAAAUCAUGAAUAAUUAUAAGGUUCUGAUCUACAAUGGCCAGCUGGACAUCAUUGUGGCAGCUCCCCUGACAGAGCGCUCCUUGAUGGCCAUGGACUGGAAAGGGUCCCGGGAAUAUGAGAAGUCAGAGAGAAAAGUCUGGAAGAUCUUCAAAUCUGACGAUGAAGUGGCUGGUUAUGUACGGCAAGUGGGUGACUUCCAUCAGGUAAUUAUUCGAGGUGGAGGACACAUUUUACCCUAUGACCAGCCUCUGAGAUCUUUCGACAUGAUUAAUCGAUUCAUUUAUGGAAGAGGAUGGGAUCCUUAUAGUUGAUUAACUACAUUCCUAAAAGAGAACAUCAGAGGUUUUAAUCCUUGAAAAGAAAAAUUUAAAAACAGAAAAUGUCAUAUAAACAAGAAAAUUAUCUUUUUAUAUCUGCAAGCUGUUUCUCAUCAAUAAAAAUUAUCCUUGAAACAA